CGAGCCCCAUAUUCCCCUCCCGCAAUCCGUCAGUGGGUGCAAUCGCAAGACACCCAGCCACUAAAUUGCGACAUUGACUGUCAGCGAUUUUCUCGUCGCUGGGGGAUUCGCAAAGACAGAGAUCAGUCAUUCUCGGACACCCUGUCCUUGCACAAACAUUUUUGCCUCAACGCAGAAGACCGGAAACUUGCCUUCCAUGAGGGUAUGUCAGAUAUAAAAGAUGCAGCUACAGGCAUGGCUCGCAUCGCUGAUGCACUCUUCAUCGGGUUCAGUCUGCGACCCGAGUGGGAUCCAAUGCAGCCUCUUCACACCUCUGAUAUCACAGUUGAUGUUGUUACCACGCGACAGUUCGAGCAGGUUCCUCACUUCAAGCGCGUUGCUGAACGACUACGAGAAACAUUUGUUCAGGAAAUCGCCAUGCUUCACAUCUGGCAUCUUCAAGACAAGUUGAAUAAGGUCACACCUGGACCAGGGUAUCGUGUU